AUGUACAAACUGUCUCAAAUUAUCGACGCGACACGAGAAAGUCUCGACGCGCUCGAAUCGCCUCUACGCCAGCCGCACUCUCCAUUGACUAUUAAUACCUCCGCGCCGGCCUCGCCUGCUGUUUCUUUGUUCUCCGCCGCAGGCCACAACCGGGUCUCCAGCUCGGUCUCGUCCUUGGUCUCUUCGUCCGGUCUGGGGAACUCAAUGGACAGUUCCAGUCGGAGUCAGUUGACCGGAGUCAAGGAAGAGGAUUGCACACGCGACUCAUUGGAAGAUCAUUAUUUCCAACACUUUGAUCGCAUGUCUGCGGCAGAUUCAUACUUUUCUCCCAUCGAUAACUCAGAUACCUACGAUCUAAGUGUCACUGGCAUGGAGACUGCCCCAUCACCGAAAAAGAGGCGUUCCGGCUCAGACACUAUGUCAUUAAAGGGCGUCUCGCGCAUUAACUCGCACAUCUCAACCAUGUCAGCCCGGUGGAAGACUAAGCGAUCCUCCAGUGGUGAUGGCGAUACGUUCCCGGAUGCUCUACGGUCUCGCGCGAACUCCGCGGCCUCCUCCGCCUUGGCAAGUCCCACCACUGGGCCUGUACCUGUGAGCCGGGUCGACUCUAUUCCCCCUUCUCCCGCGCGAACCAUUUUCGAGGAGCGCGCGAGCGAGUCGAGCGUGCGCCCAAUUGAUAUCACCCGCGCGAACAGUCUCAGCCAGGACGACAACGAUGUGCAGCAAGCGACAACCCCUCUCCUGCCACCAUUUAUGAGAGACGACCCAAUGAGCAAUGCGUCCCGCGUCCAGUCACCUCUGCAGUCUCCGUCAGUCGCAGAUGCGAGUGAAGCAGCGUACUAUAACUAUAAUGUGACCUCGGACCCGCGGUUUAUGGGAAAUCUUCCCUCCCCACCACUCUCGUCCAAGCCUUCUGUGGCCUCCUUCAACCGGCCACGAGCCAGUACCGUGCGCACAGUCUCAGGCGAUGUAACGCCCCUCGUCCUCUCCGAUCCCAAUGAUGAAUGGGCCAACAAACUCGGCCACGCCAAUUUCACUAUCAUGCCUGAGCCUUAUGAACCCGUAGUUUGUGACCUCGGCCAUUUCCAGCAGCUGCGGGGAGACUGGGACAUUGCGCGUUGCAACUUUGCCAAGCACCUUGUCCGCACUGGCGAACACUACGGUAUGACCUCGAACAUCUAUAAGCUCACCAUUGAUAAAUGGGAUUCGAUCAACCGCGAGUGGGCAAAGCAGCACGAGGCCAUGCUCGACCAGCUCAGCGCGAUAGAUGGUGUUGCUCUCACGCUCACCCAUUCCAAUAUCCACCCUUGCCAACAGCUCCGUAUCCCCCGUCUGCAUGACAACGACAAGUUCCCCGAGAUGGGGGAUGAGGAUAUUGUCGGCCCAAUGACUGUGGCACCGGCUGCGGAGCUUGCAGGUCCCUGCCGUUCUGAGAAAAAGAGAAGUUUCUUCCGCUUUUUCCAGGACUUGGUCUCCCGACCUUGA